UUUUUUUUCUUUCUUUUUUCCAAGGAGCCUGUCACUCUGGGUGAGUUGCCAAUUCUCACAGGAUUAACCAUCGAUGACGUCCAGCAGUCACUUAAUAAGUGCAGUCUUUUGGUCAGGAUCCAGGACAGAAAGGUUGCUUUUAUCCUUGAAAAUCAAGUCAAGGAAUACCUGUUGAAGAGUUCUGAAAGAGAUUACUCUAGGUCCGAGGAGAAGAGGAGCUGAAAUGGCAACACGGCUCUUGCCAUCUAGAUGCUUUGUCUAUCUCGUCAAGAAACUUCAGUCCAUAGAACACGACGGAGCACAUCAAGUGGAUAGCCUUUCUGACAGUGAAAACAACUUGUCAGCCGAGGCUUCGGUUUUGGAGAAGAGCAACCCGUACGAGCUGGAUCUUACAACAUUCCUCCGUUAUCUGAUCAUAUACUGGCUCUGCCAUUACAGUGAGCUUAGCCACCAAGAAAUUCGCAGAACGAUUGCGUAGCGAAGAUAGUAAGGAAGAUGAGGAAGGCUAGGAAACUUAUAAAGUAGACGACAACGACAUGGAGGGUAACGGGACGGAUGACGAUGAAGACGGGUACUGAUAGGUCGGUGUUUUCCAUUUCUUGGGUACCGGUUUCUGGAUAGGGAAUCUCCCGGUAUGAAAAGUUCCAUUGACCAUUUAUCACAUGUUAGCCUUUAGAGAAAAAACAACUUUGGAUAUCAAGUUCAAGCUGGAUGCCCUCGCUGCC